GUCUUCCUCUUCUCUAUCAACCCAUAACCCUUCUUCGAUCUUUAACCACACACCACCUCUCUCUCUCUCUCUCUCUCUCUCUCUCUCUCAUGGCCACCCAGGAAGAGGGUAUCAAGCUCUUUGGCACAACAAUCACGUUGCAUGCUAAACAAGUUAAAGAAGAUCAAAAUAAAGAAAAUCCAUCGCCUGAAAAGAGGCCGGAGAAGAUCAUUCCAUGCCCUAGAUGCAAGAGCAUGGAGACUAAAUUUUGUUACUUCAACAACUAUAAUGUUAACCAGCCUAGGCACUUCUGCAAGGGCUGCCAGAGGUACUGGACUGCAGGUGGAGCUCUUCGUAAUGUUCCCGUUGGUGCGGGCCGACGGAAAACCAAGCCACCAGGCCGUGGUGGGCUUGGUGGGUUCCCAGAAGGGUGCUUGUAUGAUGGCUCAGGUGAUAUGCAUCAGAUUGAGCUGGAUAGUGAGAUGCUGGUUGAGGAGUGGCACGUGGCCGCCCACGGUGGUUUCCGGCAUGUUUUCCCUGUGAAGCGUCGGAGGAGUAGUUCAGGUCCAGAUCAAUCUGAUCAUCAUCAUCAUCAUCAUCAUCAAGAGGCUAUGAUCCAAUUCAAUCAAAUUUGAGGCUAUGGGGAGUCAACAGAUGCAGACGUGAUCUUGAUCAAUGCCAGGAGAUAUUGGAUGGAAACCCAUGAAAUGGUGACCAUGAAAUUUCAGUGCAAAAGUAUAUCCAUAUAUACAUCGAAAGCUAUUUGUAGAUAUAUCAUUAAUUAUGCCUAAAGAAAAUCUUCAUGUUUUGUUGGUGGUCAUCAUCAUAUUUAAGUUUCUGGGUUUUAACUGUAACAUAUAUUUAGACAGGUCUAAUUCAAUUAUGCAGGUCUUUCUCAUCAAUUGAUAGAGAAUUAUCCAAUUUUAAUGUGAUUUCAA